AGGAAUCAAGAUCCCAAAAAUCAAAUCGAGGAACCAUGUCCGAUGUUAAUAUCAACCUUCAGUGCGAGUGCUACCAUCGCCGAGGAGUCCUGUACUACGCCAAUCCUUUGGCUUGGGGACGUCCUUGCCGUCGAUGCCGCAGGAUGAUGUCCAGGAACAUCGUGGUGGUGCCCACCCAGGUGGGAGUGCCUGUUGCCACCACCACCACCACCACCAGGAUUGUGCCAGUUGCUGUUUCCACCUACUAAUCGAAAAGGAUAUCUUCAAACCAUUUAAGACAAAUUAAAAUAUUUUAAUAAAGCAGAUCAACAA